AUGUCGGGGGUCGUUGGUGACGUCAGCGAGAAGAGAGUGCUCGAUGAGCUGCGUCCCCAUUCCCCUCGGUGCAUCACGGUAAAGCGAAGCAUGACGAUCCCAGAUUCGAGCAAGGUCGAAGACGGGGGCGAGGCCGCGCCGAAGACGAAAUCGGGAGAGCUGCUGCCGCUGGACCUCCACCUGCGGGACCACCGCCGCUUCACGGUGACCGCGGUGGAGCGCGAGGGGGACGGGCUCCUCCCCUCCCGCCGUCCCUUCGCCCUCCCGGCCGACCCCACCCUGCAUCCCUUCGCUCGCCCGUACAGCAACAGUAUCACCCUGGGCUCUGCGGAUGGCCGUCGCAUCGACAUCAGACGCAUCCUCACCUGCCCGUCGGAGCUCAAUCAGCUGACUCCUCGAGGAUCGAUCACCGGACGGACCAGCUUCAAGCUGGGUGAAGAACUCGAAGAGGAGACCGACGAUGAGGAGGGCGGGGACGAGGAGCCCGGCUCGCACGACGCGGGACUCCCCAAGCGCCCGGGACUCCCCAAGCGCCAGCAGUGGAGCAACAACCGGGAAUUCGUCCUCGCCUGCAUCGGAUCCGCCGUCGGCCUCGGCAACGUCUGGCGGUUCCCCUAUCUCUGCUACAAGAGCGGUGGAGGCGCGUUUCUGAUCCCGUACUUUCUCAUGCUGAUCGUGUGCGGGAUCCCCCUGAUGCUCAUGGAAUUGGCCGUCGGGCAGUACACGAGGCGAGGACCCAUUCAAGGCCUCGCGCGCAUCUGCCCCAUCUUCAAAGGUGGGUGGGAUGGGUUUGGGGUUGCGGCAACACUGUCUGAGGUGGGUUUCGCUCUAGGGGUUGGGUUCGGGACGGUGGUGAUGUCUUUCUUGCUGUCGACUUACUACAACGUCAUCAUCGCCUGGGCGUUGUAUUUCAUGUUCAACUCCUUCCGGAGCGAGCUGCCCUGGUCUGACUGCUCCAACCUGUGGAAUUCCCGUUUGUGUUCCCUCAAUGGGACGCUCAACGUCUCCAACUCCGUGGAACGCACACCCACCGAAGACUUUUACUACGAGCGGAUGCUGCAGAUCUCGACCGGGAUCGAAGAACCAGGGACGCUGAGGUGGGAGCUGGUGCUGUCGCUCUUCGUCGCUUGGGUCCUGGUCUACUUCUCGCUGUGGAAGAGCGUGCGGUCGUCGGGGAAGGUGGUCUACUUCACGGCUCUCUUUCCCUAUGUCCUCCUUUUCGCGUUCCUCGCGCGGGCUCUCACGCUGGAAGGGGCGGCGGAUGGCGUUCGGUUCUUCUUGCAACCCAAGUGGGAGCUGCUGCUGGAAGCGAAGGUUUGGGUACAUGCAGCUGCCCAGAACUUCAAUUCCAUCGGAAUCGCCUUUGGGAGCCUGAUCGCAUUCGCCAGUUACAGUCGCAAGGACAAUAACAUCGUCAAGGACACUCUCGUCGUGACGUUGGUCAAUUCCUGCACCAGCUUGAUUGCUGGAUUCAUCGUGUUUGCUACGUUGGGAAAUCUUUCUCAUCAAUUCAAUGAACCCAUCGAUGCCAUCGUGGCAGAUGGGCCGGAGUUGGUUUUCAUCGUCUACCCGCAAGCCCUUUUGAAAAUGCCCUUCCACUCGGUCUGGGCUGUUUGUUUCUUCUUCAUGCUUCUCUGCCUUGGUCUCGAUUCGCAGGUGGAAAUCAAUUUCGCAUCCGUGGAAGUUGUGGUGACGAGCAUCACAGACGCCUACGGGUCGCUGGUGAGACGAUACAUCAAGAAGCACGAGCUCCUCGUCCUGCUCAUCUGCAUCCUUUCGUUCCUCUGCGGGCUUCCCAACGUCACUCAGGGAGGAAUCUACUACUUCCAGCUCAUCGACUACUUCGCUGCGAACAUCUCUGUCGUGUACCUGGUGUUUUUUGAGGCCGUGGCGGUGACUUGGUUUUACGGGGCCGGGCGGCUCGCCCGGAACAUCCAGGAAAUGACGGGAAGUCUCCCUUCGUUGUAUUUCCGGUUCUGCUGGACGAUUGCCGCUCCUGUGUUCAUCUUUGCUGUUUGGGUCUUCAGCAUCUUCAACUACGAACGUUUGACAUGGAAUCAUGGCCAUUAUAAGUACCCACAGUGGGCAGAGGCGGUGGGGUGGUUCAUCGCAAGCCUCUCCCUACUUCCGAUCCCCAUAUGUGGCUACAGUGCUUACAGGAAGGCCAGUGGUGAAACAGUGUGGAUGAAACUGUGCAAUGCCUGUCGAUCAAAACUUCCAGACACAACUCCUGGAUCUCAUUUUGGACUGAGCCCUGUGUUCACCCAUCACAAGGCCGGUCGACUCCUGAAGCAGAAGGUUCUCCUGAACGAUGUGGAGAACAAUCUCAGCCCUUGCUAACUGUGGCAGAUCUCAGCUGUCCUUAAGGAUGCAAGUGUGAGGUGAUGGUACAACCUCCAUUCCUUGCCUGAGUGCUGAACCAAUCUGGACUGUCAGCGUCUCAGACAGCCCAAGCUCAUCUAUUGCCAUGGUCUGUGGCAUUUUAACACUAAUGACCAAACUUUCUGUCAUUUACACUUUUGUAUAGUAGACUGGAAGGGAAGAGAAGCACAACAGAAUCUCUCCCUCUGCACAGGGACUCUCCAUAACUACUAUUACUUGUGAUAUGUAUUUUUUAUUUUACCAAUAAUUUUUUUAAUUGGACUGAAUUCAGCUUUGUGCUGAGAGCAUUAUUCCUUUGUCCAUUGUUAGUAGCUGAUUUCUGUCACACUCAGGUAGAUGUGGUGUUAUUUCUUUUGUGAAUAGUACUAUGUAUAGUGGUUGGUUUGGCCAAAAAAAUAAAACCAGAUUCACC